UAUAUAGACAACCAUGAUAGCAUUGACAAAAAAAAACUAAAUUAUGGUCAUCAUGGCAACUCCUCUUCACUACUCUGAAACCACUGCUAAACCCCACGUGGCAGUCGUUUCAAGCCCCGGUAUGGGACACAUCAUUCCUUUACUCGAGCUGGCUAAGCGCUUAGCUGCUGAUCACGGCUGCAACAUCAGCUUUCUCAAUAUAACAACCCAAGCCUCCGCUGCACAAACUAAGCUCCUCAGCUCCACUGAAUUCCCACCGAACUUCCACGUCAUCAACCUCCCUGAAGUUGACGUGUCAAAACUCAUCCCACCCGACUCCCAAAUCAUGACCCGACUUUCAAUCAUCGUACAAGAAAGCUUCCGAUGUCUCAAGUCUGUACUUCUGGACAUCGGAAAACCCGAUGCUCUCAUCAUUGACCUCUUUUCCAGCCAUGCUUUCGAGGUUUGUAAGGAGCUUUCCAUUCCAGUAUAUUCUUUUGAUACUGCUUCUACUACUCUGUUGUCUUUGUCUUUGUAUCUUCUCACUUUAGAUAAAGAGAUUGACUCUGAUAUUGAGUUCGUUAACCUUCCUGAACCAAUUCGGGUUCCGGGUUGUACUCCGAUCCGAACUGAGGACUUACUUGAUCAAGUUCGGAAACGAAAAAGCGAAGAAUGCAAGUGGUAUCUUCUCCACAUCAGUAGGAUUUCAAUGGCGGCAGGUGUUUUAUUAAACACGUGGGAAGAUCUUGAACCAAUAACGCUUAAAGCCAUUAGAGAGAACCCUUAUUAUCACAACAAAGCCUCCAUCGUUACACCACCGGUUUACACGGUAGGACCGCUGAUCAAAGAGACUGAGCCCAUAACAGAGUCUGGCAAUGAGUGCCUGGCAUGGCUUGAUAGCCAACCUCCUGAUUCCGUUGUCUUCGUGGCACUUGGCAGCGGUGGGACCGUCACUUCAGAACAACUCAACGAGAUUGCAUGGGGUCUGGAAAUGAGUGGUCAACGGUUCGUAUGGGUGGUCCGAGCCCCUACUGAGUUUGAUGCCUCGGGCACCUUUUUCAAUGUGGGUGGUGAUAUUAACGACCCGAAAUCGUUUUUACCUGAUGGGUUCUUGGAAAGAACUAAAGAAGUUGGGUAUGUGGUUUCAUCGUGGGCACCGCAAUCGGCUGUGCUUCGACACCGGUCUACUGGGGCAUUUUUGUCACACUGUGGGUGGAAUUCGAUAGUGGAGAGCUUGAGUCAAGGUGUACCAAUGAUUGCUUGGCCGCUUUAUGCGGAGCAGAAAAUGAACGCUACAAUUCUAGUGGAGGAGGUUGGUGUGGCUGUUAAACUAGCUGUGGAUCUUCGAAAGGGAAUAGUUAUGAGGGAAGAGAUUAAAAGGGCUGUGAGUUUGGUGAUUAAUAAUGGAGGGAAUGAUGAUGAUGAUGAGGAGGAGGAGGAGGAAAGGAACUUAGGGAAGGUGUUGAGACUUAAAGCUAGAAAGCUUAAACUGAGUGCAGAGAAAGCAUUGAGAAAGGAUGGUGGAUCUUCUUAUGAUUCGCUAACUCAGUUAACUAAUGAUUUGAUGGUUUCGCGAAUAUCUUCUUAAUUAAUCUUAAUUAAUCAACCACAUCAAUAUCAAUAAUGUAUAUUUUCAAUAAACGUUCGCAUAAUUCAUGAUAACUAUGAUAAAGUGUGUUUUUUUGGCAUAACUACGUCCACGUAUAAAUCAUAACUAUGUUAAAGUAUGUUUGUUUAGUUGAAAAUAAAUAUAUAUCAAGUGAUUUACAUUGCUA